AUGAAGACGGGUUCUCAAAUCCGCCUGUUGCUCUGGAAGAACUGGACUCUGCGAAAGCGGCAGAAGAUUCGGUUCCUAGUGGAGCUCUUUUGGCCGGUAAUGCUGUUUAUUUGCCUGGUAUGGCUGAGGAAGGCCAAUCCGCUCUACCAGCAGCAUGAAUGUCACUUCCCCAAUAAGGCCAUGCCGUCAGCAGGCGUCCUUCCUUGGAUACAGGGCAUCUUCUGCAAUGCCAACAACCCUUGUUUCAGACACCCCACCAGGGGGGAGUCUCCAGGGGUGGUAUCCAACUACAAUAAUUCAGUUCUGGCUCGGUUUUAUGCUGACAUCUUGGACAUGUUCAAUGACACGGAGGUGCGCCAGUUGGGGCGUCUGUGGCAGGAGGUGUCUACAUUCUCUAACUUUAUGGACACGCUACGGAACAACCCGACCGUCACGUCAGGUCGUGGACUGAAGAUUGAGGACAUCUUGAAGGACGAUGAAGUUCUGACAGCAUUCUUGCUGCGGGACGCCGAGCUGUCCGAGUCGAUUGUUUACCAGCUGACCAAUGCCGAGAUCCGAAUUGAGCAGUUUGCAUCGGGGGUCCCGGCCCUGCAGCUGAAGGACAUCGCUUGCAGCCAGGCACUGCUGGAGCGCUUCAUUAUCUUCCCGAGCCGGCGGGGGCUCCAUGGGGUCCGCAACGCCAUGUGCGCGCUCAGCCAGCCGCGGCUACAGAAGAUAGAAGACGCGCUCUACGCCAACGUAGAUUUUUUCAAGAUUUUCCGACUGUUGCCUCGCGUCAUGGACGGCAAAUCAGAAGGGGUGGACCUUCAGCGGUGGGGUCGUGUCCUCAGAGCCACGUCGGAGAAGAUCCAAGAGCUGAUGCAGCGCAGCAACUCCCAGGCACUCAUCAAAGUAAUCAGUUCUCUCUUCCGGGCUGGUGGCCCUGCCUCCUUCUCCGAGCUGAUGGCUUCUGUAUCUAGCCUUUUCUGUGGUUAUCCGGAGGGCGGUGGCAGUCGCGUGCUCUCCUUCAACUGGUACGAGGACAACAACUACAAGGUGUUCCUGGGCGUUAAUGGCAGUCGCACCCGUGACACCCAUGUGUAUGACCACACAACCACCGCCUUCUGCAACAGCCUGAUGCAGACGUUGGAGUCCAACCCGGUCACCAAAGUGGUGUGGAAUUCCGUCAAGCCCCUGCUGAUGGGAAAGAUCCUGUAUACCCCUGACUCCCCAGCCGUCCGCAAGAUAUUAAAGCAAGCGAACACCACCUUCGAGGAGUUGGAGAGGCUUCACAAUUUUGGCAAAAUGUGGGAAGAGGUUGGACCUCAGCUUUGGGCUUUCUUCCAUGACAGUGUGCAGAUGAAUAUGAUCAGAGACACGCUAGCAAAUCCUACAGUGAUGAACUUUGUGGACCAGAGCCUGGAGGAUGGCAACAUGACCACCAGAGAUAUCCUUAACUUCCUGUACAGUGGCCCCGAGGAACGGCGAGAGGCAGGAAUGCCCAGUUUCGAUUGGAGGAACAUUUUCAACGUCACCGACCAGAUCAUUCACACAAUCAACCAAUAUGCCCAGUGCAUCAACCUUGACAAGUUUGUGCCCUACACGGACGAGGCGCAGAUGAUUCACCAGGCUCUGUACCUGCUGGAGGAAAAUAAGUUCUGGGCCGGCGUGGUCUUUGUUGACAUGUACCCCUGGACAACCAGCGUUCCGCCACAUGUCAAGUACAAGAUCCGCAUGGAUAUUGAUGCCGUUGAGCGUACCAACAAGGUCAAAGACAGGUACUGGGACCCUGGCCCCAGAGCGGACCCAGUGGAGGACCAAAGGUACAUCUGGGGGGGCUUUGCCUACCUGCAGGACAUGAUUGAACACGGCAUCAUCAAAGUGCACACAGGACACGACUGGCCACUUGGGGUCUAUGUGCAGCAGAUGCCCUACCCUUGUUACGUGGAUGAUCUCUUCAUGAUCACGCUGAACCGCUGCUUCCCGAUGUUCAUGGUGCUGGCAUGGAUCUACUCCGUAUCCAUGACGGUAAAGAGCAUCGUUUUGGAAAAGGAACUGCGCCUCAAGGAGACCCUCAAAGCCAUGGGGGUGACCAACAGCGUCUUCUGGUGCACCUGGUUCAUUGACAGCUUUGUCACUAUGGCAGUCAGCACAGCGCUGCUCACCUCCAUCAUUGUGGGUGGCAAGGUGCUGAACUACAGCAACCCGUUGCUUGUUUUCCUCUUCCUGAUGAUGUUCACGGUGGCCACCAUCAUGCAGUGCUUCCUCAUGAGCGUGUUCUUCAAUAAGGCCAAUCUGGCAGCGGCGUGCAGUGGUGUGCUCUACUUUACCCUCUACCUUCCCCACGUGCUGUGCUUUGCCUGGCAGGACCGAAUCACUGCCAACAUGAAGAUGGCCGCUAGUCUUCUGUCUCCCGUGGCGUUUGGCUUUGGGACAGAGUACCUGUCACGCUAUGAGGAGCAGGGCUUGGGCCUGCAGUGGGACAAUAUCCAGACCAGCCCGCUGGAGAAGGACACCUACUCCUUCAUCACAUCAAUCCUAAUGAUGGCACUGGACGCCGUGCUCUAUGGAUUCCUGGCCUGGUACCUGGACAACGUCUUUCCAGGUCAAUAUGGCAUUGGUCGGCCAUUCUAUUUCCCCCUGCAGCCUUCCUAUUGGCACAACGCUUCCUCUGCACCUGCUUCAAAGGAUGACCCAGUUGUUCCAGAAGCAGACAAAGCAGAAAAGGACCCUGAAAGUGCUGACUGUCCUAUUGACACAGUCAACACCUGCAACGGCUCAGCCAGCAAAAAAACCUGCAAGCACCAAAGCAAGCGGGACCGUCUUGAACGGGAGAAACAGUGGCUGAAACAGGAGGAGGAGAAGGAGAAAGAGGAUGAGGAUGAAAAUGGCUUUGAGAGAAAAGGUCUCAUGUUGUUUGAACCCGAUCCAGUGAAUGUGACAAUGGGGGUGCGCAUCCAGGAAUUAGUCAAGGUAUUCCCAGGGAGUUCUCGUCCUGCUGUCGACUGCCUCAGCCUCAAUUUCUUUGAGGGUCAGAUUACCUCCUUCCUGGGGCACAAUGGCGCCGGGAAGACCACCACCAUGUCCAUCCUCACUGGCCUUUUCCCACCCACAUCCGGCUCCGCUUAUAUCUAUGGAAGAGACAUUCGCACCGACAUGGAUGCUGUGCGGACAUCCUUGGGGAUGUGUCCUCAGUACAACAUCCUCUUCAAUCAUUUGACAGUGGAGGAACACAUCUUGUUCUACUCACUGCUCAAAGGUCGCACGCAGGCCGAGGCACGGAAAGAGGUUGAGGACAUGCUGAUGGACCUGGGCCUACCACACAAGCGGGACGACGAGGCCCAGAACCUAUCAGGUGGCAUGCAGAGGAAGUUGUCCGUUGCCAUGGCAUUCGUUGGCGGUUCUAAGGUGGUCAUCCUGGAUGAACCCACUUCCGGCGUGGAUCCUUACUCCAGGAGGUCUAUUUGGGACCUUCUGUUGAAAUAUCGAUGCGGACGCACGGUGAUCCUGUCCACACAUCACAUGGAUGAGGCCGACCUGUUGAGUGACCGCAUCGCCAUCAUCUCUAAAGGUCGGUUGCACUGCUGCGGCUCGCCGCUUUUUCUCAAGAACUGCUUCGGCGCUGGCUUCUACCUGACGCUGGUGCGACGGAUGAAGGACCUCAAGAAGAAGGAGAAUGACUGUGACUGCGCCUCCGACUGUUCCUGCACUUGCUCUAUUUGCACCAGGCACAAGGAUCAGUCCCAGAACCUGUGCCAGAACGCUGAACGUGUCCUAGAUGGGGAUCUGGACAGCAUCAGCAGCCUCAUCCACCACCACAUCCCCGAGGCUAAGCUUAUCGAGGCCAUCGGUCAGGAGCUCAACUUUCUGUUGCCCAGUCGAGGUUUCAAGCACCGUGCUUAUGCCAGCCUUUUUAGGGAGUUGGAAGAGACCCUUGAUGACAUGGGUCUCAGCAGCUUUGGCAUCUCUGACACAUCCCUCGAGGAGAUCUUCCUAAAAGUGACAGCAGAUGGCGAAGCAUUAGUGACCAAUGCUGCCACUGCUGCGGUAGAAGAGUGGAUGUUGCAGUGGAGAAAAAAUCCAGCAGGAGUAGAUGAAGAUCGCUACGAUGCCACUCAAGCUCACAGCGUUACGCUGCCUGCCACGUUGGACUGCAGCGCCGGAAAAGGCUCCAGGCAAGUUAAAGGAGCCUGGCUGGUUCUGAAACAGUUUCACGCGCUGCUUGUCAAGAGGUUCCAUCAUGCGACUCGCAGUCACAAAGAUUUUGUGGCGCAGAUUGUCCUGCCUGCCAGCUUUGUGCUUGUAGCACUCAUCUUCACCACCAUUGUCCCUCCGUUUGGAGAGUACCCCAGCUUGACAUUGACGCCUUGGAUGUACGGAGCCCAGGUCACCUUCUUCAGCAAUGAACAACCUUCAGACCCGGCCAUGAGGCACUUCACUGAACGCUUCUUGAGGCGACCGGGCCUCGGAACCCGUUGCAUGCAGGGGGAACCACUGGGGAUGCCCUGUAACGACGAGCCGUCUGAGUGGCAGCGUCCUGAUGUCGAUGCCGUGACAGGGAACAUUCUGCAGAGCCCCGAGUGGAACCAGAGGAACCCGUCGCCCUCCUGCCUGUGCAGCAGCAGCAAAAAGCUGACCAUGAUGCCCAUCUGUCCUGCUGGGGCCGGGGGCCUCCCACCGCUGCAACGUCUUGAGAUCACUGGGGACACCAUGAUGGAUCUAACUGAGCGCAACAUUUCCGACUUCCUAGUAAAAACCUACCCGAGUCUCAUCAGAACAAGUUUAAAGAGCAAAUACUGGGUCAAUGAGCAAAGGUAUGGCGGCCUGUCCGUUGGAGGACAGCUUCCCAUCCUAGAUGUGGAGCCUAGAGAUAUCGGAAAUGUUUUCCAACAACUUGGACAAAUGCUUAAUGUUACUGCGGGUCCACAUUCUAGAGCAGCACUGCGGGAACUCGGCCCUUUCUUAAGAUAUAUGGAGAGUGAAUUUAACAUAAAGGUGUGGUACAACAACAAAGGCUGGCACGCCAUGGUGGCCUUCAUGAAUGUGGCUAAUAACGCUAUCCUGAGGGCUUUCCUGCCCACCAGUGCCAAGCCCAUUGAGUUUGGCAUCACCGCCCUCAACCACCCACUGAACCUUACCAAGGAGCAGCUCUCAGAGGUCACUGUGUUGAGCACAUCCGUGAAUGCAGUGGUGGCCAUCUGCGUAAUCUUUGCCAUGUCCUUCAUCCCAGCCAGCUUUGUCCUCUACCUCAUCCAGGAACGCGCAACAAAAGCCAAGCACUUGCAGUUUGUCAGCGGUGUUAGCCCUUUCAUCUAUUGGCUGGCCAAUUUCUUCUGGGACAUGGUGAAUUACUCCAUUAGUGCCGCCAUGGUAGUCGCCAUCUUCAUGGCAUUUGACAAAAAGUGCUACACCUCACCGUCCAACCUGCCUGCCCUUGUAGCACUACUUCUGCUCUACGGGUGGUCCGUGACCCCCAUGAUGUACCCCAUGUCAUACCUAUUUAACAUCCCGAGCACUGCAUACGUGUCUCUGUCAUGCCUCAACCUGUUCAUUGGCAUAAACAGCAGUGCGGUCACUUUCAUUCUGGAGCUCUUUGACAACAACCGCUCCUUGCUCAUGUUCAACGAGUGGCUGAAGAAAGGCUUGCUGGUGUUCCCUCAUUUCUGUCUAGGACGUGGCCUCAUCGACAUGGCCAUGAAUCAGGCUGUCACCGAUGUCUACGCUCGCUUCGGCGAGGAGCACAUCGACAACCCUUUCCGAUGGGACUUAGUGGGCCGAAAUGUUUGCUUCAUGGCGGUGGAAGGUUUUGUUUAUUUCACUCUCAACCUCCUCAUCCAAUACCGCUUCUUCCUGAACCACUGGAUAUCAGAUGCUAAGUUGAGCCCGGUAGCAGACGAAGACGACGACGUAGCGUGUGAGCGAAAAAGAAUCUACGAUGGCGGUAGCAAGUCGGACAUCUUGCACAUACAAGACCUCUCCAAGACGUAUGUGGGCAGGAAGAGGCCAGCGGUCGACAGGAUUUGUGUGGGUGUUCCUGCUGGAGAGUGUUUCGGACUUUUAGGUGUCAAUGGAGCCGGCAAAACAACCACCUUCAAAAUGUUGACAGGCGACACCGACGUCAGCUCAGGGGAUGCCACCGUGGUUGGUUACAGCAUCCUCAAAAAGAUGCUGGACGUGCACCAGAACAUGGGUUACUGCCCGCAAUUUGACGCCAUUGACGAACUCCUGACAGGCAGAGAGCACCUAUACCUAUAUGCCCGCCUGAGAGGGGUCCCAGAGGACGAGAUCCCAAGGGUGGCCGAGUGGGGCAUCCAAAAAUUGGGAUUGUCGGAGUACGCAGGCCGCUGCGCCGGCACCUACAGCGGCGGCAACAAACGCAAACUGUCCACUGCUAUUGCCAUGAUCGGUUGCCCUGCGUUAGUUCUAUUGGACGAACCUACAACUGGCAUGGACCCGCAUUCUCGUCGCUUCCUGUGGAACGCCAUUCUUAGUGUCAUUCGGGAUGGCCGUGCCGUCGUGCUGACAUCACACAGCAUGGAGGAAUGCGAGGCCCUGUGCACGCGACUAGCUAUCAUGGUCAAUGGAACAUUCAAGUGUCUGGGCACCAUCCAGCACCUCAAAUACAAAUUUGGAGAUGGCUACGUGCUCACCUUGAAGGUCAGAGCAGCCGAACCGGGCGCAUCACCUGACCUGGCGCCCGUUGAGGAGUUCAUGGUGAGCAGCUUCCCGACAUGUGUGCGGCGGGAGAAACAUUACAACACACUGCAGUACCAGAUCGCGACAUCGUCGCUGGCCAGGAUCUUUCAGCUGGUCGUCUCCAACAAGGACAGACUUUGCAUCCAAGACUACUCCGUCUCGCAGACUACGCUAGAUCAGGUGUUUGUCAACUUUGCCAAGCAGCAGAUGGCAGAAGAUGACUUGGUCACGUCGCGGCGCCGCACCGCAGGUGGACGCAAGGAUGUCAAGAUCAUGCCUGUGAAGAGGAAAACCUGA